GUUUUUAAUAAAAAUUAAAAUGUGUUCUCCCUGUGGACCGUGCAGCCCCUGUGAUCCUUGCUGUGGACCUUUUGAGUGCUCGCCAAAGUGCUACAAUGCCGCACAAUUGGAGGCUUUGCCACAAUGUGCACCUCGGAUUCCGCCACCGUUCCCCAAGUGCAUAACGGUACAGCAGCCCCCUCGUCUGAUAUGCAAGAAGAGGGUUGUUUUCACGGAGAAAAUUGUACCGGAGCCGAUGGUUGUUAAUCGCUGUAGACAAAUCACAGUGCCCAAAGUUGUAGAUGCGACUCGGGUUAUCAAAGUACCAAAACUGAUUUGGGUGUCGCAAAUGGUUCGGGAACCUCGUGUCAUAUACUAUCCGUCCAUGAUUCCGGAUCCUUAUGUCGUCUGCUACCCGAAGCAUGUGUGCGAGCCCAGAGAAGUCUGCCAGUCUAUAUUGUGUCAACCCAAGCCACAAACUAUUGACAUACCGCCUCCUAGAGAAUACUGCUGUUACCCCAAUGGACCUAUCAAUUACAAACCAAGUGCCGCCUGUCCUCCCUGUCCAAUUGGACCAUGUGCACCUGGUGGUGCGUGUUGUCCGCUGCCAUGUUUCUCCACCAAUCAAUAUCCCGUAUGUGAGACACGCUGCGGUCCCUGUGGACCCUGUGGACCGCGUGGACCAGGACCUUGCGGACCAGGACCAUGCGGGCCAGGGCGCUGUGGACCAUGUGGACCCUGUGGACCCUGUGGCGGACCCUGCGCUGUACCUAAUUGUGGGCCGUGUGGCUUAACAAUGCCUUCAGGACCCUUUAUACCCGCACCUUGUGGUCCAUGCGGUAAUGGAAAUGGACCAUGCGGCCCCUGUGGACCAUGUGGACCCUGCUCUCCCCCCUGUCCAUACGAAUCGCCUGAGUGUGGACCAUGUUAUCCAUGCGCUCCAACUCCAUGGAACACACAUUGUGGACCUGUUGGGCCGUGUGGUCCUCAAGUACCGUGUGGUCCCUGUGGUCCUUGUUAACCUUUGAAAUAACACUUUCGUUCGAAAUUCAAUUUACGCGUAAAUAAAUUUACUAUGCUGUUAA